AAAUUAAAGGAGGGUACUCGCUUCCCGCUUCACAAAAUCCCACACAUUGGGACACCUUUUGGCGGCACUACGUUACCAGUCCCCUAAUUCCUGCCACAAACGUAAAGCAACAGGCAUCUCCGUCCUCUCUACUUCCUCUGGUUUUCUCUUCUCUCGUCGAAUCCUUCCAUUUCCAGAUCUGGAAGACUGAGAAUGGGAGCUUAUUGCAAUGAGGAGGUCCGUAUGUUCCCUGUCUGCGACUUCGCCUCCUCGCGCGAUCUCCGGCUCUCCAAGAAUGUUCGUGACAACGUUCAUGGCACCAUUUAUCUUGAUCCGCUCGCUUUGAAGUUUCUUGAUACCGAGCAAUUUCAAAGGCUUCGUGAUCUGAAACAACUAGGGAUGGCAUACAUGGUUUAUCCUGGUGCUGUACAUACCAGAUUUGAACAUUCCCUUGGGGUAUAUUGGAUUGCUGGUGAAGCAGUUCAAAAGCUAAAAAGUUACCAGGGUUUGGAGCUUGGUAUUGACCAGUUUGAUAUUCAAACUGUGAAACUUGCAGGCCUUUUACAUGAUAUUGGCCAUGGACCUUUCAGUCACUUGUUUGAACGUGAGUUUCUCCCAAGGGUUCUUAAGGGCUCCAAAUGGUCUCAUGAACAAAUGUCAGUGAAGAUGGUUGAUCAUAUUGUUGAUGCACAUCAUAUUGAUAUUGACUCCGAGAUGAUUAAAAGAGUCAAGGAAAUGAUACUAGCUAGCUCUGAAUUUGCACUACCUAAAGGAACAAAGGAGAAACAUUUCUUAUAUGAUAUAGUUGCAAAUGGUCAAAAUGGAAUUGAUGUGGAUAAGUUUGAUUACAUUGCUCGUGACUCCCGAGCUUGUGGUCUGGGAUGCAACUUUGAUUUUCAAAGGUUAUUGGAGAAAAUGCGAGUUUUGGGUGAUGAGAUUUGCUAUCCUGCUAAGGAAUAUCUUACUGUCCAAAAAUUAUUCUUGACUCGUGCUGAUCUUUAUCGAACAGUCUAUACCCAUCCUAAAGUGAAGGCCAUAGAGCUCAUGAUAGCAGAUGCACUGUUCAAAGCCAAUGACUAUUUAGAAAUUUCAUCUUCCGUUCAAGAUCCUUCUGAAUACUGGAAGUUAGAUGACACAAUACUCAAAACUAUUGAGACAGCUCCAAUUCAAGAACUGCAAGAAGCUAGGGACUUGAUCCUGCGCAUUCGCAGGAGAAAUUUAUACCAGUUCUGUAAUGAGUAUGCAGUUCCAAAAGAGGAAAUGGAGCAUUUCAAAGAUGUUACUGCAGGAGACAUUGUCUGUUCCCAGACAAACAGCAGUUUUACACUAAAAGAAGAAGACAUAGCUGUUAGUAAUGUCAGGAUUGAUUUGACACGUGGAAGGCAAAAUCCUCUGCAAAGCAUCAACUUUUUCAAGGAUUACGAGAGUGAGGAGAAGUUUUCCAUACCUGAUAGUCGGAUCAGUCACUUGCUACCUACAUCUUUUCAGGAUAUGAUAGUGAGGGUGUACUCUAAAAAGCCUGAAUUGGUGGCCGCUGUCUCGGACGCUUUUGAAAAUUUUCAACUAAAAACCUAUGGGAUCAAAACACAAGUGCAUCCUACUCCAGAGAAGAAGAAACGGUGCUUAUGAGGUUACACUGUAUUGACUGUUUCUCUGUUCAUACUCGUCUACUAGAAAAUAUAUAGAACGUAUCCAGUUGCAGGCAUCAACUCAAUAUAGUUCAUAUAUUGUACACUAGAGGAUUUGUAAACGAAUUCUUCCAUAUCAUUUGUCCCCAAGUGUAACCUUGAAAGUUUUACCUCCAUUGCGUGAAUCAGAUUGUAUAGCUGAGUUUGGAAAGGAAUAGAAUUCGUUUCAAGUGAAAAUUUAGUACAAUGAGCAAUUAUGUCAAUUAGAAAACAAAAAAGGCAAAACUUAGGAUGUUGAAUUUCAAC